AUGAGUACAGACACUUCUUCUAGUGGCAGUUUAGGGGUUAAAGGGGAUUCAUUUGAUAAGUAUAGUUCUUUGUCUUCUCCACUGACUGCAUCUUCGGGCGAUCGGAACUCUUCUCAAUCCAACAAGGCACAAUCAGUAGGCAAGUCGAAGAAGAGAACAGCCUCUGGUAAUGUUAAUGUUAGUCCAGAGUUGGUGAUGGGACUGAAGGCUAAGAAAAAGGUCAAGUCCGAGGACAAUAACUGUUUGUCUGCUCUAGCUUCGAUUGAUGCGUUCCCUACAAUUAAUUCACCUAACUCAUCUUCCAGCUUAAAGCCCCUACAAAGUGGAAGUAACAAGCUACAAGGUUCUUCAUCUUCCGGUCAUAGGCCUGUAACAUCCUGUACGCACUGCAGACAGCACAAGAUCAAAUGUAACGCUUCUGAAAACUAUCCUUCUUCUUGCUCUCGUUGUGAGCGUAUGGGACUGCGCUGUGAAAUUGAUCCGCAGUUCAGGCCAAAGAAGGGUUCUCAGCUGCAAAAUUUAAAAAAUGAAAUAGAGGAGCUGAAGACUAAGCUAGAGUUUCUGUUACGUAGUGAGGGGAUACUGUCUUCUGCUAUGCGAAAUUCAGAAUUGGGAAGGCAAAUACUUCACGUUAUCAAACAGCAAGAUUCGCCCCAACAAAGUACUGGGAUUUCUGUUCAAACUUAUUUGGCAAGUGAGCCGGAACUUUUGAAGUCUGAGUCUUCAUUGAAAUCUUCUGCUAAUACGCCCUCUGGCUCCCAUUCUAACGCAUCUGUUGAUAUCGCCCGAAGCAAAUCUAAUGGUGUGACUCCAUUAUUAAAUGAUUCAGCACCUGCGAACAGCAAUAAAGAUGCCCUCCCACCUGUUUUACAGAUGGCGUUAAAAUACCAUACUUCUGCUCAUAACACGCCGAUGGAUACUCCAUCAUCACAUACAACACCAAUGUUAUCCCCUGAUGUUAAAAAGCCGGUAGUAGUGACAACGAACACCAUGUCUUUGUUGCCAUCUUCAUAUGCAAAUAUUGACGAAUUUGUUCUUGGUUAUGUUCACCUCUCUAUUGAUAAGGCUAAGGAACUACACAGAAUAUUUGUUACCAAGUACCUCCCUUAUUUCCCCAUUAUGACUUCAGAGUCGGUUACGGAGUUGUAUUCCCAAUCGCAGUUAUUAUUCUGGACGGUGAUGCUUACUUCCUGUCUCUCUGAUCCUGAACCUACCUUGUAUAAUAGCCUGGCUUCAUUGAUCAAGCAGUUGGCUAUUGAAACCUGCUGGAUACGUACUCCCAGAUCAACACACAUUUCCCAGGCUUUGUUAAUUCUAUGCAACUGGCCUUUACCCAACCAAAAAGUUCUUGAUGAUUGUUCUUACAGGUUCGUUGGAUUGGCAAAGUCUCUCUCGUUCCAACUAGGUCUACACCGUGGAGAGUUUAUGUCAGAAUUUACAAGAACCCAAACCUUAAUGCCUGAUGCGGAAAAGUGGAGAACUAGGACAUGGUUGGGCAUUUUUUUUAUGGAACAAUGCUGGAGUAGCAUUCUAGGCCUACCUUCGACUUCUCAAACUGACUAUUUUAUCGAAAGGGCUAGGCUAGGUGAGUUUAAAGAUUUACCAGUUAGGUUUCGUCAGCUCAUCUGUCUGGCUCAUUUCCAAGCGAAACUAUCAAGUGUGAUGGGUUCUAGCAUUGUUUCACCAGAUGGUUUGAUGGAUGCCAGAGAUCGUGCCGGCUCAUUGGCCAUUUUGGAAAGAGAACUGCUUCGUUUACAUGCUAAAUUAAAGUUCGACUCAGAUCCCGUUGUGGAAAUGUACUAUUUAUAUGCAAAAUUAAUGAUUUGCUGCUUCGCGUUUUUGCCGGAGACCCCACCUGAGGAUCAAACUCAGUAUGUUACUGAGGCUUAUCUCACUGCUACAAGAAUUAUCACUCUAUUGACUAAGACUUUAGAGAAUCAACAGUUAAUCGAGUUGCCCAUCUACGUCAGACAGAGUGCAACAUAUGCCGCACUAAUUUUAUUCAAAUUGCAUUUAACGCCAUAUUUGUUGGAUAAAUAUGUGGAUUCCGCUCGUCAGUCUAUUGUCACGCUUCACAGGCUUUACAGGAAUCAGUUGACUGCAUGGGCAACUAGUGUGGAGAAUGAUAUUUCUAGAACAGCAAGUGUUUUGGAAAAGCUAAAUUUUGUAUUAGUAACACAACCAGAGGUUUUUGUUGAGGAAGAAGGUAUAAUUUCGCGAAUGAGGUCUCAUUUGACAGGCACUUUAUUUUACGAUUUAGUGUACUGUGUUCAUGAGGCAAGGAGAAGACAGAUGGACGGUGAUUAUAAUGAGAAAACGAACAAAAAUGGAAGUGAGAGUAAUAAAACUGUUGGAGAGAGUAAAUCCAAAUUAUCUAUAAAGUUAUUCCCGUUACCAUUCUACAAUCAGAUCUCGAAAGAAGACUUCGAAACUAUUACACAGACGACACCGGGUGGGACAACCGUAACAACCUUAGUUCCUACAAAAAAUGCCAUAAAGCAGGCUAAAAAGCUACAAAUAAGCCAGGGAGGUCAAAAAGGUCAGCCUAUUACAUCUAUAAAUGGAAUUCCACUCUCAAUGCUGGAUGCUACCGGUAGCGUCAACAUGGACACAAUACUCGGUGAUACUUUUAAGCUGGCUAUGCAACCAGACAGUUCUCUUCCUGGCUCGAUGGUUAUUCCGAGAGCAAACACCGUAUCCUCAAUUCCGUCCCCACAAACUAAUUAUGAUUUGUUUGAAUCACAGCCCGUGCCACCUACAAAUAAUGAAUCUACUCCAAUGCAGAGGUCCGUCUCUGCCUCACUUGUGGAAUCUUUGCCCUUCAGGCGUCCUGGAAUUCCAAAAAUAACAUCUGAAUCCAUUGCAUCCGGUCAUCCAAACUCGCUGUUUGGUAACGACAGCACCAAUUCCACAACCAUUACCAUUGGAUCGCAGAAGCCACUAUCUGUGAAAAAUACUCCUGUUUCUAGGACCCCUGGAGAGGUCACCACCCAAAAUCGUAAGGCCCCUCCUUCAAACGGUUCCUACACUAACUUGAAUAUAUUCCUAAAUCCCAGUGAUCAAAGAUUUAAUGCAUCCUCAUCUGCUGCUGCUAACCUGGCCGAGGGCGUAAAUGAUGGCACUAUAAACACUGUUGGUAAUGAGCAACAACAGGUCCUUCAAAACGGGGUAUCCGGUCCCUUGCAACAGAUGUCUGAACUAGAUACUUUUUUCUUACAGCAGAGUGCUGGUUGGAUUGAAGGGAACUCCAGCAAUGAUGAUUUCCUGGGCUGGUACGACAUUAACAUGGCGCCGGAAUUCUGA